AUGAGCGGAUCGGCGCAGGACCCUGUCGUACUUGCUCCGGACUCUAGCCCUAUACGCGACGCGCAGAAUACCAUGCGCCGCGGGCUUGAGGCAUUCCAGUACCGUGGCCCCGGCGCCGUCGCGCCGGCAUUUCAUUCGGACGUUUCCUCCGAAGCAAGCCAUCUUUCCGACACGCGGCCCAGCAGCGACGAAAGCGUGCCAAAAGUCAUGCCACGGCCUGCUACGUACGCGCCGUCUGAGAGUAUUAUACAGAUCAAGGCAACGCGUCUUUCACGUCUGUUUUCGAGUUACUCAGUGGCGGAAUGUACCGAGGUGCUGCGCCAGUCGAAUUACGACCUCGGCGAGGCAAUCGAGAAAUUAAGGCCCAAGAUGGUUGCGCCACCACCGAUGCCUGUUCUUGCUCCUGCGCCCGUGCAGGCACAGCGUCGGCCUGCGGCUCGUCCGCCUUCCAAGAAACCGGCAAAACGUCGCGCACGCAUGGACUCGGACUCGGACAGCGAUGCGUCUAUCAGUCUUGACGGUGCAUCGACCGACGAAGAGGUCUACGGGGAUACAGAUGAACGAUAUGCACAUCAGCAACAAAGCGCGCUAGGAUGGUUCAACCAGGUCAACGAGAGCGGCCUUGUCGAUAGCAUCAACUGCUCCUUGGACCAGGCCAACACCAUUGCACGCUUGCGACCAUUUGACUCUGUAGACGACGUCUACGAGCGCCUUGGCGAUAAAGCCGCCAAAGGCGUAUCGCCCCGCCUCUUUACCAAUUGUGUGGAGCUUAUGGCGGGAUACAUGGAAGUCGACGAAGUGCUGGCCAAGUGCGAAACAAUUGGCUCCGAGCUGCACGAGGCGAUGCGCCACUGGUGCUCAGAGAGCACUGCGGAUGAUUCUUUGGGCGCACUAAACAUUGCCGAAGUCAAGCGCAACGGCACGAUAGAAGACGAAAAUUACUUGCAAGAACAACCGUCUAACCUGGCAAAAGACGUCGUGCUCAAAGACUACCAGCUUCUCGGCGUCAGUUGGCUGAAUCUCAUGUACCGCAAACACACCUCGGCAAUCCUUGCAGACGAGAUGGGUCUUGGCAAGACGGCACAGGUGAUCUCCUUUUUUGCGUACCUCAAGCAGCAGGGCGUGCGCAAAGGACCGCACCUUGUCAUUGCGCCCUCCUCCGUGCUGGAAAAUUGGUCCAGGGAAUUUCAGCGGUUUGCGCCUUCGCUCCGUGUGGAAGUAUACUACGGCUCGCAGGCAGAGCGGCGAUUGCUCCGCAGCGAUUUGAAGGCGCGCGACAACUAUGAUGUGAUGCUCACGACCUACGACAUGGCCACCGGCAGCUCCGACGAUCACGGCUUCCUCCGCAAGCGCGGGUUCGACGUGUGUGUGUUUGACGAGGGACACAUGCUCAAGAACCGCAAAUCGCAAAAGUACGCCAAGCUUUUGCGGAUCGUCGCACGCUGGCGCCUGCUCCUGACCGGCACACCGCUGCAGAACAACUUGCAGGAGCUCGUCUCACUGCUCAACUUCAUUCUGCCCGACUACUUUACCGACGCAGAAGAGGCGCUCGCCGCGAUCUUCAAGGUCAAGCAGGGCGCAAACACCUCGCAGCUUUCCAAGCAGCGCGUGGAACGUGCAAAACGCAUGAUGCAACCGUUCGUUCUGCGGCGGCGCAAGCACAAGGUGCUCGAUGGGCUCGCGGAAAAGACGGAGCGCGUCGAGUACUGUGCCUUGACCGACGCGCAGCAGGAAUUGUAUCGCGAUGCAUUGCAGCGCACGAAGACGGCGCUUGCAGAGGAGGACGCAACACAAAAGAGCAGCGCAAAGGACACGAGCAAUGUGCUGAUGGAUCUGCGCAAAGGAGCAAACCAUCCCCUUCUUUUCCGCCGACUCUACGACCAGAAGAAAAUAGCCGCGCUCGCCAAGGAUUACGUGCGCGAGCCGGAGCAUGCAGAAGAGAACUUGCAGCACCUCAAGGAAGACUUCGCGAUCAACACGGACGCCGAAUUGUCGCUUCUUGCACGAUCGUGGCGGAGCACUGCAAAGCAUGUCCUUCCCCCGAAAGAAUGGAUGAACUCGGGCAAGGUUCAGGCGCUGCAGCGUAUCAUCGAAGAGGCGCGUGCGCAAGGAGACAGGCUUCUUAUUUUCAGCCAGUUUACCUCCAUGCUGGAUAUCCUGUGUGUGUGCUUAAAGCAUCUCGGCGUUCCUUACCUCGGCUUCACAGGGCAGACGCAUGUGGGCGACCGCCAGCACAUUGUCGACCACUUCACCAACGACCCCGACAUUCCUGUGUUUUUGCUUUCCACACGCGCCGGCGGUUUGGGCAUCAAUUUGGUCGCGGCAAAUUGGGUCGUCUUGUUUGACCAAGACUUUAACCCGCAGAACGACAAGCAGGCCACCGACCGUUGCUACCGCAUUGGCCAGACAAAGCCCGUCCAAGUGAUUAGGUUGAUCAGCCGCGGGACGAUUGACGAGGAUAUUCUCGCGCUUGCCGGUCGCAAACUAGAGUUGGCCGAGCGAGUCAGUGGGGAAAACGACGAGGAAGAUGCAGGCGAGGUGGUCGAAUCGGAGAUCAAGGGGCGUUUGGCCACAUCACUGCUCUCCCAGGUACGCGGUCGCUUGGACGAGGCAAAUAGGACGUAG